UAUUUAUAAAUCAUCAACUAUUUGCAUUAUGGUAUAAUUUGUAGUAUAAUUUAAGUGUAACUUUACAUUUGAGAUUUGUUGCUUUACAGACAGCAUGUUGUAAUCUUAUUUUACGGACUCGCGGGGAAAUUUCAGUUUAGUUCUUGGAAAAAUCCGCAAGGUGUCACCCUUUUUAAGGGAGACGGCUCGGACAUAGCCUUAUGGAGAAUUUCGACAGGGCGACGCCACCAUCCUCUCUAUUACUCUGAUUAUACAUUUACCCCCUCUUUUCCCUAUUUUUCAGAUGUAUAGAGCACAUCGUGAAACCCUGCAUUUCAAACAAUCUUUAUUAUCGCUCAAAAAGGAGCGCGGAGUGCUGUUUGUUUUCUUGAUGCCUACAGUCAUUAAGUUCUAAGUCUCAUUAAAGCAAUAGUGUUAUAGUUUGAUGUUUUGUUGUGCAAAUCUUCAACAAGAAAAAAGGAGAUGACGUAUUGUUGUGUCAUUGCCUGCAAAAAUAGCUACAAAAAUAGAAUAGUUGAGCAUGCAGGUGUCGGGAGUGGUUGUAAAAACAGUGAAAACAAAGCAAGAUAUUUCAAAACACCGAAAGACGAGGAACUUUUUAAACGAUGGUCACAGAAGAUUCCAAGAAAGGCUGGCUCAACAUUACGUGCUUCAUCCAUGGUUUGUGAUAAACAUUUCACAGACAACGAAAUAGUGAAAUAUGAUGAAUUAAUAAUUGGGGGAAAAGUGGUUUUGUAUCCAAAGACAUGUUGGAAACUAAAGACUAAUGCCAUUCCUAGUAUUUUUGAAGAUUCUUCGUUACAGCACCUACCUGUUCAUAGAGGAAGGAAAGAGCCAAUGGAACGGAAACCAUUGGGCAACAUAACAAAUUACAAACAUCACUAUCCCAGUGCUAUGAGGCCUCGUAAAAACAAAGCAGUAGCAAAUAUUUUUGAGAAACCAGUUGAACUAGUACCACAACAAACGAUUCCUCUACAAUUGGAGGACUACAAUGCUGUCAUACCUAUUCAUGAAUCACAACCAGGUUUAGCAACUGAAGUCGGCAAUGACAAAGAUGCAAUUUUACAAAGUGAUAUUGACAAAGUAAAACUACCAGCACCAUCAUGGCAAAGAGCACAAAUACCAAAUAGUGCAUGCUUUAAAUACUUCGAGUUGAUUGUCAAUGAGAACAGUGUGUCCAUCCAAAAGACUGCUACAGUUGAUUAUAAGAAAAGGACUAUUCGUAAAAGAAUUAUGUCACGAGAUGUUUCAGAAGUUGGUGGAAAUUAUAUUUAUUUUGCAUCAAUAAUGGAAGUGGAAGAAACACUGAACAAGGUUCAUGAAGCAAAAAUUUGCCCAGGAAUAAUCCAUAAUGUGGACAAGCACCGAAACAAGGAAAACAGUUUUGUGCGAUCCGGAGCAUUUCUUGACGGUGUUUGGCGUGCUCACAAAUGCGUAAUGAUUAUUGAAUCUCUUGGCGUAAUUAAACCUUGCAAAUUUUGUAAGUAUGUAGAGAAAGCCUUGAAGCAACAAUAUAAACGCCAGAAAACGAUUGGAAAAGAUGACAAAAUAAAUCAUAAGUACUUAACUAAACAACAAGUGUCACAGAAAGUGGCUGCAAAGGUAAAAAAGGAAUCGCAGCAUAAAUGCCAACUACAGAAGAACAAAGGCAAAAUAAAUGAACUGAAUGCCGAGAUGAAAGUGAUGCGCGAUAAGACUGCAAAUUUGACAAACGAUCGCAUAGAAGUUAUUUUGGACGGACUUGAUGACAAGGCUAAAUUAGUUGUUAAAACUAUCAUAUCUAAAUCAAGGUGUAAAGCAAAACAUUCUCAGGAUAUGAAAUAUGAGGUAGAAUGGCUUUUAGAGUGCCUCCUCAUAAGAGUUAAAAGCCCCUCUACUUAUGAGCACCUGCGGAUAAACAACAUUAUACCCCUUCCAUGUAAGGAUACCCUUCGAAAGCUUAGUAGUUGCAUGGCUACUGAAUUUGGAUUCAAUGAAUUUGCCCUAGCGUGCAUAAAGAAGAGUUUGAAAAACAAACCCCUUUCCGAAAGAUAUGGGUCCCUCAUGUGGGACGAAAUGUCCAUCACACAGGACAUCCAUUUCGACAAAAAUUCGUUUCAGUUUCAUGGAUUUUCUUACCUAUAUGAGAGCUCAGCAGCUUGUGUAGAAGAUGAAAACAACUUUUCCGCUCUCAAUGAAGAUUGGACCCAAAUUGAUGAAGCAGAGUGUACGCCGGACUCUUCAACAACAACCGUUAUUCCGGAUCUAGCUGACCAUGCUCUAGUGUUAAUUUUCCGACCCUAUAAGGCAAGUUGGAUUCAACCUAUUGCAGUAUUUGCCUCCAAAAAUGCAGCGUCGGGUGUCCAGCUCCAGAAAAUUGUUCUCAAAGCUAUGAUAUUGCUGGAGGAGUCAGGCGCCCGUGUCCUUUCUACAGUGUGCGACGGUUCCCAACCAAACAAUGCACUUUGGAAUAUGUUUGGAAUAUCUGGAUGCAAUUCCGAUACAAGCCAAAUGAAAAACUUUAUUACUCACCCGACGGCCGGAUCAGAUGUGUUUUUUCUGCGAGACGUGCCUCAUCUCUUCAAAUGCAUAAGAAAUCACAUCUUUAAUCACAAAGUUGUUCAGGCUGCUGGUAAAACAGUUAAAUAUUCAGAUCUGUUAAAUCUGUUUUUACACGACGGAAUUAGAGGAAGCGCUGGGUUAAGCGUUGUUUCCAAACUGAAACCGGUACAUCUUAAUCCUAAUAGUUUUCAGCGAAUGAGUGUAAAGCUAGCAGUGCAAAUCCUGUCAAACUCAGUUGCUGACGGUCUUCGUCACUAUCGAAUGUCGGAUGAUGUUGCACUUGCAUCAAAGUUUAAGGAUACGGAACCCUUGGAAAAUCUAGUUCGACUCCUAAACGACUCAUUUGACGUAAUGAACGCUCGGCGACCCAGCUUUGGAAUAAAUUAUGAAAAUUGGCAUGGCCCAGCUGGUCGACGCAAUGUACUGAGCCAAUUAUAUAAAUGUCUUGAUGAGACUGAGAUAGCCGCGUGUGGAGUUGCGUCAAGCCACAACUUAGAAGAUGAAACAUUACUGAAUAGUUCCGAAGAUCGCACAAAACCUUUUCCGCAGGAACCAAAGGAUGAAACGAACCCGAAUAAGCAAAUUCCUGUUCAGGUGGUUGACUUAGAAUGGGGUUCUUGGGUAACAUCCACAAGCGCAGCCAUUGAUCCUGAUUUAGGGCAAGAAUUAUUUGAGGAAGUCGGUGGCGCUGUGUAUGAGCCAUUUCUUUCAAAAAUUACUCUUAAUGGUUUAAGAGUAACCAUAAUGAGCACGAUAGACAUCGUCGAAUUUCUUUUAAGGGAAGAUUACAAAUACAUUAACUCAACCAGGAUUGCAUUGAGCGUUUUUUUGGAAUCAUCCGCAUGAGCGGGAGAUGUGGCGAUAAGCCAACAGCGUCAUCUUUUCUCCAGCUCUACCGCCUGUUGACUCUCUAUUACACUACGAAACAAGUUUUACGUGGAUCAAACUGCGAUGAUGAAGAAAGAAGUGUAGUGUUGACAUCAUACAGCUCUUGCAUGAAGAAUCGAUUCAAUACCAACAAGAAACUGAUGAAGGAGAAAAAGGAAUAUUUCCGUGAUAUUCUUCUAAAAGGUAUCGUUCGGGAAAUGGUUGUUGGAGAACGUUUAGAAACUGAGGGCCCGUCUUCGUCUAUCUCGCCUUCUUCAAAAAUAGAUAGUCUUGAUUGCGAUAUAGUGUACUACAUUUGUGGGUACAUGGUCCAUUCCUACAGACAAAAAGGUAAGAGAACAAAUUCAUCUUUUUGUCAGAAUUGUUUCGAAUCUGUAAAUAUUAGUCAAGAAGAGCUCCCUCCUAAUUUCAAAGCUUCACAGCUCACUGAAAUAAAGAAGCGGGGUAACUUAAUCUUUUCUUCCCAUAAUAUGUUUCAGCUAAUUUGUGAGGUAGAGGAAUCUUUUAUGAAACUAGCUAAACGUGAUUGUUUGUUCUUGAAGGAUUCAUAUGAGGCAAUUCUGUUAUUAAUUUCUGAAAAAAAACUGCCAUUAAUUGGAUGUCAGCUACACCAUAAGAUCUUAAUGAUAGAUGUUGUAUUCCAAUAUUUAACUUUGCGAUUCAGGUGUUGUGCCCAAAAAAAAUUUGUUGCUAUUGUAGAAAAGAACCGCAGUGAAGCGCAUGCAAGGAUGAAAGUAAAAAAACUAAGAAAAUUGGCAAGACGAUGAUUAUAUUGUAACCUUACAUUGAUACCAUGUUACAUAUUUUGUGAAAUGCAAGUAAAAUUGUAAGGUGUUAAUAACCAAGAAAUAUAUAAACUGUACACUU